AACAUCUACACUCGCUCUCCAAUCCACGACGUUUCCGUUGCUGUAGGACUCAGCUGACGUGUGUUAAAAUGAGUGGGUGAUUGCCGCCCGUCUGCCGUUCAAGCAUGUGUUUAUAAACAUUGAUACCAAUAGCCACCCCGCCGCAAGCUAUUGCUACCGGUAGCAGGUUGCAGGUUGCACCAGACCAAAGUUCCAACUUCACGCAAGUGCCGCUAAGGUAUCUGCAAGCAUGGAUGACGGAUUCGAUCCGUGCGAGUGCAUCUUCAGCCAUGAUGCUGCCAUGCAGCGACUCAUCUCGUUGCUGCGAAGCUCUCAGUCCGCCUGCACGGACUCUCAGUGUCUACAAGAGAUGCCGUCCAUGCAGCAGGCUGCCAGCGGCUCUGGCUUCUUUCUGGUCAUGGUAGGGUGGAUGCUGCUGGCCAUGGCGCUGUACUACUUGCGCCCUAACUCGCUGAGGAACCGCGGCGACAGCAAGCCUGACCGGCAGGGCCCAAACAACGAGCCUCCCAGCGGCUCGGUCUUCUGAGGGACAACCCCGGAGCCCAGCCCAGCCCCUAAUGGAAAAUGACCAAGAGCUCUUAGUUGGCGGCACGGGGGAAAGGAACACCGUUGUACUAAUAACUAUUCUGGGCUUCUUUUUUGGGGGAAAACCACCACCAUUACCGCCACUCGCAAUACCUGUCAAGUAUGUGUACAUAAAGUGUACAUAAUACGCAUGCACUACUCUUACGGGGCACUGGUGAAAAAUGUACCCGGAAAAGCUAUGGACCACGGUAUGCACACAAUGAGAAACUGCAUGCGCAAGACUGUUGUUGCAAAACCACGCGCUUGUGUAUAUACUACGCUGCACGUCUUUCGCACAGCAGGCAUAGUCUUAUAGAAUUUAGCAGAGAAGUGUCUUACCCCCCCCCCCCUUUUUUUUUUGUUACGCCAGGUUGGAAUGAUAUGCACAUUUUUGUUGCCUCAUCCUUUUUUCUCUCUCUCUCAUUUAACUUUGGGAUCCGUUCACUUGUUUUGUUCAAGCCUUGCACUAGAUUUGUUUUAAUAUAAGUGACUGUACAGUGGACUGCGUUCUUUCGCCCUGUGCCCAAGUGACCCAUGUAUGAAGAUAAAGACUCGUUUUGGAUCAUUUGCAAAAUAAAAUUUGUGGCUGGAUGACAACGUUCAAA